UUCAAUUAAACACAAAGCAAACUUCCUUCAUUCAUUCAUUUUUCAAGUUUCAGUUUCCAUUUUUUUUUGGUUCAUAAAACACAUAAUACUUAUAUUUUUCAUUUUAUUUAUUUUUUUGCAAAUGAAAAUUUGGCUGCAUUUACUACUAUUAUUUGCCGUGCGUUUGCUAGCGGUAAACGGUUAUCUACCACGAUUAUUUACAUGUGACGUUGAUCUUGUUAGCGAGAAGGGCGAUCAAUAUUAUCGACCCUGGAGGCCUGACUUCUUGUCUCAAGAGUGCAAGGGAGUGUAUAACAAAAGGAGCACAGAUAAUGCAAUGUACCGAUUAUAUGAAGAGGAAGCGCUCGCAUUUAAGGAGUUUAUUGGUGCGAUCGAAACAUUUGAGGCGAAAAAAUCUAGAAAGGAAUUGUGUGCAAAGAAUGAUUAUCCUCUGCAUAUCAAUUAUCGACAGAACUUCUACAAGGAAGUAGAUCUGUGUUCAUGCUACAAGAAGAAUAAUUAUGAAACUUUCCUGAAAUGCCUUAUCGAAAAACGAAAAGAGUUGACUAAAAUAAUAAGAAAGAAAACUUGAAUUAAAGGUGUCAUAACCAUAUCCAUAUAAAACAGCUGAUUGAACCAAAUUUACGGGCAACAAUGCUUCCAAUUAGUGGUGCGUUAUCAUAACAACAAGACUGUAACCAUAACUUUAACUAUCAAUUGAAUUGUGAUUUUCCAUUUUCCCUGUAACCAUAAAAAAUUGUUUGUUGAUUUUUUGAAUUUUUUCUAUUUGAUUUAUUUGGCAUUUUCGAAUUGAAAACAAAAACUGCAAAUCGACUAUAGUAAAUAUUGUUACAGUUAUGACUAUGAGUUAGGGAUAUGGUGUUAUGUUAUAGCAUCUUUAAUUCAAUCUUAAAAUGCUUGAAGUCAGUAGAAUUAAUUUGUUAUAGGCAUGUAUAUACAUAUACAUAUGUAUGAAAUUUUUAGUGAAUUUGUAAAAUUGUAUUUAUUUUUAAUUGCCGUGAGCACAAUGUCAUUUUCUAAAAUAAACUGUAUGCGAAAACAAGAAAUAUACCCUUCA